GUUCCACCCUCUCUCUCACACACUCUAAACCUCAUUAUUCGUAAAUCCCACACACUUUGUUUUGAAGUGAAACGAAGAGUAGCUAUCAAAGGAGGAACGUCUCUGCCACCGGAAAAUAAGUCUAAGGAGAUAGUCAUGUUUCCAUUUUCCAAACCUCUUAUCUUCUGUAAGCAGUUGCGAUCGCGAAUUCAAUCGAUUCCGUUUUCUCAUUCUAGUUGAUCGAGUUCACCGGGUUUGAUGGUGCGGUGUAUUGGACGUGGUGAUUUGCAUUACUCACCGUGUGGUGACACCGUGAAUUGCUGAGUCAGAUUAUACUUGUCUUGAAACAUCAAGGAGAGAAAUGUCCUACCAGCAUAAAAGUUUUUGGAUGCCACGAGAUGCUGGCUGCAUGGCUGAAGAAAAUGUGGGAUAUGAAAAUUCUUCCAGAAUUGAACCCAAACGUAGUCAUCAGUGGUUUAUGGAUACAGGUGAACCUGAAAUAUUCAGCAACAAGAAACAGGCUGUUGAAGAUGUCAGUGGUAGGCCAAUUUCAGGAGUUUCACAUGUGAAUGUUUCCCAAUGGGACACCAAUUCAGGAUUUCACUGUGUCACUGGUCAAUUUUCUGACCGUCUUUUUGGAUCUGAUCUUGCUAGGACAGUGAAUUUGGUUGAUAAGAAUGUGCCAUCUAUUGUAAGUGGAAAUAUAAACAUGGGAAGGAAGGAAUUUGAGCAUCAAUAUGGUAAUGAUCCUUCAGUGGGAUUGUCAAUAUCUCAUUCCAUUGCGGACCCUUCAUCAUGUCUCAAUUUUGGUGGCAUCAGAAAAGUUAAAGUUAAUCAAGUUAGAGAUUCUGACAAUUGCAUGCCUUCUGCAUCCAUGGGGCACUCCUAUAGCAGGGAAGAUGAUAGUACAAUUUCAGUAGGUGCUGGCUACAGUAAGAAUGAUGGCAGUAUUUCGUUGGGUCCUACUUAUAACAAUAGAAGUGACAACACCAUUGGUAUGGGGACCAGAAUAAGUAGCAAGACUGAUGACAAUCUUCUUUCAGUGGCUCACAACUUCAAUAAAGGGGAUGGGGGUUUCAUGCUGAUGGGCCACAAUUAUGGAAAGGGAGAUGAUAGCAUCUUAUCAAUGGGUCAGCCCUUUGACAAGGGAGAUGGAAAUUUCAUAUCAAUGGGUCAAUCAUAUGAGAAAGAAGAUGGGAAUCUAAUAUCUCUGGGCACCUCAUAUUCCAAGGGGCAUGAGGGUUUUAUAUCAAUUGGUCCAACCUAUGGUAAAUCAGGAGAGAAUUUCAUUACUGUUGCUCCUUAUGACAAGGGUACUGAUCAUUUAAUAUCAAUGGGUUCAACAUAUGAUAAGGUGGAUUCAAAUAUUGCAUCAACAGUUCCAUCAUACGACAGAGGAGAUUCCAGUUCUUUACCUGUGGGUCAAAAUCACCAUAAGGGUCAGAGCAGUACCAUAUCUUUUGGAGGUUUUCAUGAUGACCCUGAAGCAAAUCCCUCUGGUGGAAUAAUUAGUGGCUAUGAUCUGUUGAUAGGAAACCAAAACUCAGCUCAAGGUUUGGAUGGUCAGAAUGAUCUGACUGAAACAAACACUGAAUCACUUGUAAAUAGCAUUCCAAAACUUAAUACUAAAAAUGAUAUUGUUGUUAAGAACAAAGAGCCUAAGACAACAACCAAGAAGGCUCCUACGAACAACUUCCCUUCAAAUGUCAAAAGUUUGCUGUCAACCGGUAUAUUUGAUGGUGUCCAGGUGAAAUAUGUUUCAUGGUCACGGGAGAAAAGUCUUAAAGGAAUCAUAAAAGGAACUGGGUAUUUGUGUUCAUGUGAUGACUGCAAGCAGUCAAAGGCUCUUAAUGCAUAUGAGUUUGAGCGUCAUGCUGGUGCCAAGACAAAACACCCCAAUAAUCACAUAUACUUCGAGAAUGGAAAAACCAUCUAUGCUGUUGUUCAAGAACUGAAAAAUACUCCUCAGGAGAUGCUUUUUGAUGCAAUUCAAAAUGUGACUGGCUCUACCAUCAACCAAAAGAACUUUCGAGGAUGGAAAGCAUCAUACCAAGCUGCUACUCGGGAGCUUCAACGUAUUUAUGGAAAGGAUGAAGUGAUAAUUCCAUCUUGAGUUCAGUUUUCUUCUUGAAAGCUCAGAACAGUGGUAGAUAUGUAAUCUGUUUAUAGUGAGUGAUUGGCAGCUUGAUAGUUUAGAAGACUGUUUAAAAUUGGGAAGUUUUAGCCGAUGCUUCUUGUAGGAACUUGAUUGUUUUGUUUAUGGUAAUGAAGAUGUCUUUUCGUGGUUCGGUGUCAUUCUUUCCAUCACAAUCUGCUGAUGUCUUGUCACCAUUGUUCGAUUGCUUGCAAGCCAUGUUCCUUAGCGAAUCUUUUAAGAGAUUUCAUCCAGUAGGGUUGUCAUGUCAAUUUUGCGGGUGCUAACCCAUCCCAUCUAUACUAUGUAUGAAGUUGAAUAGAGGUUAUUACAUGGGAGAGAGGAAAGGGUAUAUUCAUGUUACGUGUGGAAAUUUGAUAA